AUGCUCUCUGCCUCCACAGAGCUCUGGCAUGGUCAUGGUACUAGCUUUUCUAAUGGUGGCAUAAAAGCUGCUGAAAAAUCCGGGAAGCUCUAUUUUAGUGGAUAUGUUUCUCAUACAGCAGAAAUACAGGCUAGACGGUGUUCUCCUUUUCUAGAAAGUGAAUUGCUUUCCGGGAACGAUGUCAUGCCGUCUGCUGAAUGGAAAGCUGUUCCUGACAUUUGGAGGUCUUCAGCAGAAAAAUAUGGUGAUCGGGUAGCAUUGGUGGACCUGUAUCAUGACCCUCCUACGAAGAUGACAUAUAAAGAGCUCGAGCAGGAGAUUUUGGACUUCUCGGAAGGCUUAAGAGUUAUUGGAGUAAAGCCAGAUGAAAAACUUGCACUUUUUGCUGAUAAUUCGUGCCGAUGGCUAGUUGCAGAUCAAGGUAUGAUGGCUACUGGAGCGAUUAAUGUGGUAAGGGGGUCGAGGUCAUCUGUUGAAGAGCUGUGGCAAAUAUACAACCACUCUGAAAGUGUUGCAUUUGCUGUGGACAAUCCUGAAUUGUGCAACCGGAUUGCAGAAUCAUUCCUCUCCCGAGCAGUUAUACGGUUUAUCAUCCUACUUUGGGGGGAGAAAUCAUGCCUGUCAAGUGAAGCAGUGAAGGGAUUGUCUGUUUAUAAUUAUAAGGAGGUCUUAGAUUUGGGUCGUGAGAGUCGUAUGGUUUUGGUUGAUUCUCAAGAUGCUAGGCAACGAUACAUGUGCGAAGCCAUCAACUCUGAUGAUGUUGCUACACUCGUGUACACAAGUGGAACCACUGGCAAUCCAAAAGGAAAGGGAAGUGGGGUGAAGGAGUGA